AAAUGUAUUAAUAUAUAAACUUUUAUAACUGAAAAGGCUGAUGUAAAAAGCAAUAAUUACUUAUCUGAACGAAAAAAUGAGUGACUUUGAUUUUUUGUUUUCAUUUUCUUUCAGGCAGUAGCUCGGACACCUUCCUCUGUAACUGGCAGUUGGGCUCGUCAGGACCCCUUCAGUUCUGCGAAGAUGCUAAACAAAGUUAGAUUUCAGCUGAAUUAAAAAUAUGCUUCGGAGUUUGCUGUUGUGAAUAUCAGGGUUCAGGUGUUGCAGCUCAUCACCUAAAAUGUCUUUACCUCCAGAAAAAGCCUCCGAACUGAAGCAGAUUAUUCAGAGUCAUCUGAAGAAGAUGAACAUCCAUGGGAAAAUCCAAGAGGUGCUGGCGGAGACGGCGAGGGCGGAUCACAGUUCUGAACGUUUGUCUGAGGAAGACUUUAGACAUGCUCUUCAGCGCAGAGGCAUUAUAGAUGAUGUGAUGAAAGACCUUCACUUUCACCAGGAAAAAGCAACAAAACCAGCAUCAGGAUCUUCCUCUAAGCCUGUCAUUCAUCACGGCGAGAAGGAACCGACCGAGCUGAGACAGAACCCGUCAAAGCAGUACCUGCAUCUCCAAGUUCUCGGUGGUAAGGCCUUUCUGGAGCACCUGCAGGAGCCAGAGCCUUUACCUGGUCAGGUGUCUUCUACGUUUACACUGUACCUCCACUUCCGGAACCAGAGAUUUGGAUCUAGGCCCGUACCCUGCACCUGUGAACCAGACCUGAGGGAAAACUUCCUCCUGGAGCUCUGCAGGGACGGUGCAGAUGGAGGUAAAAUGAUGGAUGCAGCCACUAUGCUGUCUAUAUGUGACCCGGUCCACUUUGUCCUGAUCAAGACGGACAUUUCUGGUGAGACGACGCUGGUAUCUUCCUAUUUCCUGGACUGGAGGACAGUUCUCAGCUCAACCAACGCCAAGACUUGUUUUGCUGUGGAGUUGAUGGGAGUCG